UAACACACUCACAGACACACGCUGCCUCCGCCUCACACACACUCACUCUCCCGCCGAGAGUCAGUGAGCCACCGCCGCGCCACGCUUCUCCAUCUGAUCGUCCUCUGCGCACCGCGCUGCCGUCUGCCCUGCGCGUCCCGGCUGUGCGCACAUCUCACCCGCUCCGGAGCUCCGACCAGGGGUGAAGCUGAACAGUUUAAACCAGAGGGGGGAGCAGGAGUAUGGCUUCUAAAGCGAUGGAGUGUCUGAAGCUGUCGGAGGAACAGAAAAAAGUGCUGGAGGACAGUUUCAAAGGCUGCAAGCAUCCGGACGGGACGACGCUCAUGCUGGUCGCUGCGGAGUGCGGACUGUCAGAGGAGGAUACACAAAAAUGGUUCAAGCUACGCAACGCACAGUGGCGGCAGUCGGAGGGGCUUCCAGCUGAACUGGGCUCCGUGUUGGACUGAGACUUUCCGACCACCUGCUGGAUGCAUGAAGCUCUGUGCUGACCUUGUUUCUCAAAGACAAGCUGACCUCCCUUCCUCAUCCACUUCCCUCUCCAUGUGUCCAUCUCUCUUUUUCUAUCUAUGAAGCUAUUUUAAUUUACAGAAUGUGAAGGUGUUUGUGUGUUGUUGCCAAUUAUAUACCAGGUUUACAGAAAUAAACAUAUUGUUAUUAUAAGUUAAA